ACCACUUUCUUUCCACUCACCCUCCUAAGUUAACUAGUUAAUUAGUGAUGAUACUUGAUAUAUGUAUAUAUAUAUAUAGUAGCAUAAUAAAUAUAAAUAAAAAGUUUUGAGUUGAGUUGAGUUGGGUUGGUGUGAAUUCAUCGUUCCAUAUGGCUGAAUCUGACAACGAGUCAGGGGGUCAACCCGGUAACACAAGUGGAAACAAUGAAUUCUCAGGGUGCAGAGAGCAGGAUAGGUUACUUCCCAUAGCAAACGUGAGCAGGAUCAUGAAGAAAGCCUUACCAGCGAACGCUAAGAUAUCAAAGGAAGCGAAAGAGACUAUGCAAGAGUGUGUAUCAGAGUUCAUCAGUUUCAUAACUGGGGAGGCAUCAGAUAAGUGCCAGAAAGAGAAGAGGAAGACAAUCAACGGCGAUGAUCUUCUGUGGGCCAUGACAACACUGGGAUUUGAAGAGUAUGUGGAGCCACUCAAAACUUAUCUCAACAAAUAUAGGGAGAUGGAGGGGGAGAAGACUGCUAUGAUUGGGAGGCACCACAGUGAUCAUGGUGGUGAGGCUGAGGCUGAUGGUGAUGGUGGGGUUCCAUCCACUAUGAUGAUGAUGAUGGGUCAUCACCACAUGUAUGGAUCUACUAAUGUCUGGAAGAAUUAGGUAGCACCUUUAUGCCUCUAUGCUUUCCAUGGCUUUUAUAUAUAUAUAUAUAACAUAUGCAUAUAUGUUUGAUUUUAGAGUACCUAUGAUUGUUGUUUGUAUUUUUGUUUGAUUUGGAAUGCAUAUAGGAAUAUGGGAUCUUCAUAUUCUUUUCCUCUCAUUUUGCUGCUGAAAUAGGAAGUAAGAGUAGGAAUAAUGUUUGUUUCCAAUUCCAAUAGCAUAUACAUACAUUCCAAUUUCUAAUUGGUUUGCAUUUAUUGUCCAAAUAAUUAAAAGGAUGAAAUAUUUGAGUUACUUUGAAGCUAUAACU